AAGUCUCCGGGUCAGGACAAGAUCAAGGCAAUGCCGAGGAGAGACAAAGAGCCGUUCAGAAGUUUCUUGCAAGAGCCGAGUUAUCGAAGCUCGCUCGUAGUCUUCGGACGCGUCUAUCAUACGCCUCAUACAAGGCUACCAACCAGUUGUCGAAUGUGCCAUUGAGCGAACUGGAACAAAGAACACCUCAACCCGCCCCGCGAACGGUUCCCUCAAAGCGUAAAGCGGGAGGCGUCAACAAUUAUUACGACAACCCGGCGACACAGGGCAACAGCGCGAUGGUACGUGCAGGUCCAUCGGGAUCUGCAGCGCCCUUGUCGCGGAUAGGCUCGGGUUCGAUGGGCCCUCCUGCCCCUGUUGCAGCAUCGAGCUCGCGAUAUUACCCCAAUGCCGCCGCCGCCGCCGAAGCAGCUCCUCAGCAGAGCCUGUUCGCCUCCAUCCUGGCACAACCUCCUGACAAACGAGGUCGGACGAUCCACAACCCGUCUGCACCGCCCGUGGCCGCGCCAUCACGCACGGAGAGUCUCCCGCGGUACUCUUCUCGGCGGUCCGACGACAUGCGCUCGCCGCGGACGCGCCCACGCGGAAAUUCCCACAGUGGCGUCGCCGAGCCGUCGACGUCGGGGCGCCACAGUCACGCGCGCACAAGAAGCGACAAGGGCAAGCGAAAGGAGCGGCAGCUGACCGUGCCGAACGACGAUGUCGACAUGAAGGCGGCGGCGACGCUCACGUCACUCCUCCUCUCCGCGCGCCCGUCCGUAUCGUCCAUUCCCACUUCGCCGAGAUCCACGUUCUCCGGCGCUGACGGGUCUGACGCGGGUUCCGCCCAUUCGUUGCACUUCGCGCAAAGCUCGGCGCGCUCGACCGGGCGCGCUUCAACGCCCCCACGCAGUCGGACACAAAGCGAGCGCGGAAGCGUGGGCGGUGCUUCUUCCGGCGGCGACCGGGAGGUGACGCCGACCAAUACGGCCUCGACGGACGUGCGCCAGGGGACGCCACAGCGGACGGACCCCGACACGGAGGCGGCGGAUCUGAUGCUCUACCUUGCAACGUCGCCAUCCCCCGCCCGCCCGAAUGCCAAUCGCGAACGCGGCCUGCGUGAUGCGGCUACCCUAGGGUCGCUCGGCAGUGGCGAGGGCUUGCGCGCCAAACCGCGGGUGCUGUUUCCAGGUGCUUCCGAAGAAUUCGAUGACCCUGAACAGUUCUCGUUAAGGCUACCUGAUCUUGGAGACGGCACGGGAGAGCCCGUAGCCAAGGAUUACGCUACGGUCGCGCCUCGUCUCACGAACAUGGUGCCGAAGUCGCCUGUCUCCACGAGCUCGAAUUCUAGUUACGCGUCGAUGUCGUCUGCCAUGCCGACGCUCACUGCCCAAUCGUCCUUGACCUCUGUGGGCACCGCCAACUCCUCAUUCUCCUCUUCGGGCGUGGCCAAUUCUUCUUUCACCUCCGCGGGCAUGUCGGGCUCGUACUCAUCAUCGCAUCCCUUCGCGGCGGCUCCCUCCACCCCGGGCGACUUUUCGUUCAACUUCAACGACUUCAUCAAUGUGUCUCCAUCUCCCGCUACGUUUGGCAAACCUCGGGAAGAAGGCGCUGUGCAACACAAGCCCGCGUUGACUGGCCUUAGGCCAGAACUCGGGAGAAAACUGUUUGAGGAGGAGCAAAGUCGGGUUGCGGCGCAACAGGCCCAGGGUAUGUCGGGUGGCAGCAGAAACGCGCUUGGUGCAGGCAUCGACCUUGUCGGAACGUGAAGUGAAGGCCAUGUUCAAGACAACCUUUCGCGUGGCGCUGUCUAGAUUCCGCGGCAAGGCGUGCCUCGGCGUUUCAACCUAUCUUUGCCCAAACGUCUGCGACCCCUAUGCUCGUAAUCGUCACCAGGCUCCAUACACAGCAAUGUUCGAUAUCCGCAAUUGACUUAUGGUAACGAAACAGCAAUCAUUGGCUAGUGUAGCAACGAAUCACAAGCAAGCCUCCUAUGUAUCACCUACUCGCCCCUCGCGCUAUUUCUGUGAACUCCACGCCGUCUCAACAAGCAAAUCCUAGCUUGCAUAUCUAUCCAACGAACUCUCUUGGUAUAGCGAUUGAUCCGUGUACUUGCUCCUCCACCAGAGCGACGACACUACCUUAUUUAUUCGCGCGUUUGGACCGUUCUACUCUCCUUCGAAAGACCUCUUUGCCCCUUUUCUCUUUUCUCAGUUCAUACACGUUGCUUCCGAACGAAGUACGAGUUCCAUUGAUUUAUCCUUUU